GGGGAGGUGGGCAAGGCACAGCAGGCAGCAGCGGCUGGCGAGGAGGCAGGAGGGCAGCCCACCAUCUUCAGCAAGAUCAUCGACCGCUCCAUCCCUGCCACCAUUCUCUAUGAAGAUGACAAGUGCCUUGUCUUCCGUGAUGUGGCCCCCCAAGCUCCCGUGCACUUCCUGGUGAUCCCCAAGCGUCCCAUCCCCCGGAUCAGUCGCGUGGGUCCCCAAGACACUGAGCUGCUAGGGCACUUGAUGGUGGUGGCAGCACGCACAGCGCAGACAGAGGGGCUGGCUGAUGGCUACCGCCUUGUGAUCAAUGAUGGGAAGCACGGCGCACAGUCUGUCUACCACCUGCACCUCCAUGUGCUGGGGGGGCGGCAGAUGGGCUGGCCCCCUGGCUAACGCCCACUACCCACUUGCUCCCCAAUAAAGCAUUUCCGUGGUGGUGACUUCA